AUGCUAGAUUUUAGCAUUCUAUUCACUUUUGGAGCCAUGUUUGUGGAUAUGAUGGAAACGUUUGAGUCGGAACGUCCUUCGACAGCAAUAGUCCAGUCACUUCUCCUUGGAAUUUCCCUCAGUUUCAGUGUUGUAAGCGGCGGACUAAUAUCAAAGUUUGAACUACACGUGGUUGCUUUGGUAUCAUCCAUCCUUGUACCGUUUGGAUUCUUGAUAUCAUUUUUCGUUGCAGAAAUCUAUUAUUUAUACAUCACAAUUUCUGUCAUAUCAGGCAUUGGAAUAUCUACGAUACACGUUAUAAGUGUAGUUGUUAUACAACAAAUGUUUCCACAACGUCUGCAACCCAUGUGCUUUGCUAUUCAGGGUACUGGUGUCAAUAUAGCUGGAAUACUUUAUCCGUUGUUAAUUGAGAGGCUGUUGGAUACUUAUGGCGUUCAUGGGACCUUCCUUAUACUUGGAGGAAUGUUUAUGAAUAGUUUUGCAGCGCCUAUGCUAUUAUCAUACAAUACAAAUACAGAGUAUCGCAAAGUUAAGGAUCGACAAGAUGAGAAAAUAGAAUGUAGUGAGAACACUCGCGAUGGUGCAAAUUCUAAGGCGGGAUCGGACACUAUCGUAUCCAGUGAAACGGAACAUAUAUAUAAUUCAGAAGAUCAUAUGCUAUCAGGAGACAAAACAAUUGGAAAUGAGAAUACUCUAUGUGAAGAACAAGAUAGUAUGACAAGAGAAGACACUGUACCUGAAUUGGAAAGUCAUACACACAUAAGUUUGUCGUCAUUGCUAACAAAACAGUAUAUAUUUCUCCUCCUCGCUUCAGCCAUGUGCAUUCCUGCAUUAAAUACAUUUCAAGGUUUAACAGUGGAUAUAUUUGUCUGGAAAGGGUUUAGCGUCUCCCAGGGUUUGUUUUCCUUUGUAACGUUUAAUGUGUUCAGUUUGUUGUCUAAAUCCAUACCCGUAUUCGCAAAGAAGUACUUAAGGUGA